GAAUCAAUGAAGAUUGCAUUUUGCGGCAAUGACAACAUUUCUGCUUAUAACAUGAGCGAUGGAUUAGUAAGGAAUCUCUGUUUUCUGGAUGCCCUCAAUUUGGUGCCUCAUGUGUUCCUCUUAUUCAUCACCUUUCCUAUAUUGUUUAUUGGAUGGGGAAGCCAAAGUUCCAAAGUGCAGAUUCACCACAACACAUGGCUACACUUCCCUGGGCACAACCUGCGAUGGAUUCUGACGUUCACUCUCCUUUUUGUCCACGUGUGCGAAAUCUGCGAGGGCUUUGUUUCAGAUUCAAAAUGGCCGACUCGCCAUCUGCACCUCUUCCUGCCUGCUAUAAUGGGUUUUGUAGCAGCUAUAACUUCCAUAGUAUAUUACCACAAUAUUGAGACAUCAAAUUUUCCAAAAUUACUCCUGGCUCUUUUUUUGUACUGGAUCAUGGCCUUUAUCACCAAAACUAUCAAGCUGGUCAGAUAUUGCCAAGAAGAGUUCUAUUUUGGUCAGCUGCGUUUCUGCAUCACUGGGACGAUGGUGGUGCUUUAUGGGUUGCUAAUGGCUGUGGAGAUCAACGUGAUACGCAUUCGGAAAUAUGUAUUUUUCUCAAGCCCUCAAAAAGUAAAGCCACCUGAAGACCUCCAGGAUUUGGGUGUGAGAUUUCUUCAGCCCUUUGUCAACUUGCUGUCCAAGGCAACUUAUUGGUGGAUGAAUAACCUGAUCAUAUCAGCUCACAAAAAACCCAUCGACCUGAAAGCAAUAGGCAAGCUGCCCAUUGCAAUGAGGGCACUUACUAACUAUGUCUGCUUGAAAGAUGCCUACGAGGAGCAAAAGAAAAAAGUAGCUGACCAUCCAAACCGUACUCCUUCCAUCUGGUUAACGAUGUAUCGGGCGUUUGGGCGCCCCAUUCUCCUCAGCAGCACCUUCCGCUAUUUAGCAGACCUUCUGGGCUUUGCUGGACCACUAUGCAUUUCUGGCAUCAUUGACAGUUUAUCCAAUGACACCAAGUCUACAAGCAACAAUGUCACCAAUAUAUCUACAGAGCCAUUCCUCUCCUCAAGAGAUUUCCUCAAGGACAAUUAUGUUCUGGCUGUUCUCCUGUUCCUGGCGCUUAUCCUCCAGAGGACAUUUCUCCAGGCUUCCUAUUAUGUUACCAUAGAGACGGGCAUCAACCUACGAGGAGCUUUACUGAAUGACAAGGGAUGUGCCAUUUUCAUGGGCUGA